AUGUCUGUUCCUUCGCAAAUCAAGGAACAUUCAGUAGAGCAAUCAAUCAGUAACUCGGAUGAUACCAACUCGACCAAGUCAGGUGCCUCGUCCUUACCAAGAACGAGCAGAAGGAAUGGUGCAAGAGUUGCUCGUAUUGUUCAAUCAGGCUUUCAACUUAAUCAGAGGAUAUCAGAUCUAGUGCUUUCUGGCUCUGCUCCUAAUCCAGGUGGUGCUAGUUUAUAUCUUUCAUUAACAAAUACACCAGAUAUUUCAGCUUUCUUAAGUAAAUCACAAGUUCCUUGCAGAGGGCAAGUAAUAAAUGGCCACAUUUGUUUCAGACUUAUACCAAAGAUACCUAGAUUACUUUGCGCUUUUAAUUUCGCUCACAGCGAAGGUCACAACGUAGUUUUGGUUUUUAACCCGGCAAAUGUCUCAGUUCCUUAUGUUUUAAAUGGAACACCUUCAAUUUAUCAGGGCCAGGAAGUAGAUAUAACAGAAGCUCUGAGAAACGGACAAAAUGAAAUAUUAGUCAAUACAACUUCAGUUACUUGCGAAAUUUUAAUUUCAAUAGAAUGGCGUGAUAAUGAAACCCCUGAAAGUAUCGUUAAUAAGAUUGUUACGCAGGUUCCUCAUAUGGAAGUUUCACCAUUUAAUAAUUAUAUUAGUGAAAUAUGCCCGAUAGGGCAAAAACAGAUUGUAACCCCUGGGAGGGGAGCAAGUUGUACACAUUGUCAAUGCUUUGACCUUCUUACGUUUAUAAAAAACGCUCAAGCUACAGAUGACUGGCAUUGUCCAAUUUGCGGUCAACUUUUACAACAAGAUAGUUUAAGGUAUGAUCCCUGCUAUCUGAAAAACUGCGGAACUUUGCUUCUUGGUGUUGAUGAUUUUAUAGAGGAUGAAGGUGGCUCUGCUGCAUUCUUUUAG